UAAUCUCAAGAAAAAAAGAGAGAAAAUGUCGACAUACAUCGAUAUCAAUUUGGUAAAAUAUGUAUGUAGUUGUGGUAAAAAGCAACCAUUCUGUCGGCUAUAUCUGUGCAGGCAUUGCUCGGAACUGAGAUGUGUUGACUGUGUACAGCAUGAGGGCGACAGUCACUACUGUUCCCACUGCCUGGAGAAUAUGCCAUCCGCCGAGGCCAAGAUGAGGAAGAACAGGUGUUCUCGGUGUUUGGACUGCCCGGCUUGUGGCAACACACUGAUGACCCGCGCCACCAACCUCAUGGUGACGACACCCGAUGCUAACAAGGCAUCGACUCCGACGACGCCUAAGAAAAUGUACUACCUCGCUUGUGGUUUCUGCAGGUGGACAACGCGAGAUGUGGCCAUACCUGACCAGACUGUAGCAAGUGGGGGUUUGCCAGAACAAGAAAAUGAAGCUAACAAACUGAUUGCUCCACUGUUAGAGCAUUAUCAUCUUCUUGCACAGAAAGAGAAGACGGAGAAGGAACGUAAGAAAUAUGUCAAGCGGAGAAGUCACAUGUACUACGCUGCAGAGAAGGAUAAGUAUGGAUUAAUCUCUGUUGCAAUGAAAAAGACGUCACUGGCUUCGGCUCUGACUACCCACAGUUUGAAAGAAGAUGAAGUGAAGAUGGUAGAACCAGUAGCAGGAACAGUGACAGACUUCGACGCUUUGCCAGCCAGUGUGUAUACUGAGCCACUCGACGUUUUAACUGUCACGACGAUGUCCCAGAGACUGGCUAAUUGUGAGUUUCAGCCGGUGUCGAUGUUGGGGCUGUACCCGCUACGUAAACAUCUUCUUCUCAGAAAGUCACUUCGCUGCAAGGAAUGUGAGCACAACUUGAUCAAGCCUGACUACAACCCACUGUCAAUCAAGUUCAAGAUUCAGCUGAAUGCUAUAAACUUUGUACCAGAUAUACGAAUCCAGUCACCCGCAGUAUUCAUGAAGAACAAGGAAACUCUGGUUUGUCUCACAGUAAGCAACCCAUCAGUCUACAACAUGGCUGUCCACCUACUUCCUGUAGAGGGCGCUGUCGAUCCCCUAGUCACAGCUAAGAUUGAUCUUCCAAGACAGGAGAUUGUGAUCUGGAAGCGUGAUGAUGCGGCCAUAUAUGAUGACACAUCACAGCUACAGCACGAAAUACGGGAUGACCCCAGUUUGGUUGCAUUCCGCAAAGCGAACAAGAUAGGAUUGUAUGUCAGAGUGACACCUUUUGUCGAUACAGGAGACGUUACGGUAAACUUCCAUGUGAAACACGAGUAUCGCAACACGACAGCCACUAUUCAGUCUGAAGUGAAGGAACCGCCUGUCGUUUGGCUUGAUCACCAGGUGUUUGUCACAGUCGGGAAAAUUCAGCAGUAACUUCUUCAUCCACGGAAUAGCUUUAAAUUGACUUAAUUUAUCUUUCCAUCAUUUCUUAUCUUUACAGUGCUUAUUUGACAUUGAAUUUGGUGGACUAAAUUAUUCUUGCAUAAUUAUUCAUCAUUUAAAUUAUGUACUUUUAGUUUUGCAGUAAAUUUGCUCUUAGCUUUUAGUUCAGCUGGUUAGCUAUGGGAUGGAAUUGUUUAAUACUUUACAACUAAGAUGAGGUUGUUUGUAGUAAUUUUUGGACAGUAUCUUUAUGACUUUCAUCAUGUUGAUGAAUAAUCAUAACAACUGGAAUGGUAUGUCGCUCUUUGAUAUUUGCUAGUUAUUUUUAACGGGUCAUUUGGUGCUGCAUUACUUCUGUGUAAUAUUUGGUAUAUGUGCAAUAUUGAAAUGUAUAUCUGUUCAGUUUUCUUAUUACAUGUACAUAUCAUGUAUCUUUGUUUAUAGUCAGUUUGUUUUUCCAUCUAAAUAUUAUUAACUCGAGGUCAAGUUGCAGAUUUUGCAAAUGUAUGUGUUUAAUUGUUACUGUUACAGUUGUUGUCAGGAGGUAGGUACAGGGAAACCUCUCAAAACCGGACCCCCUAUACACUGGAAUUUCCUUUUUAAAAAAGGACAUUUUACAUGGUCCUUUUUUUUAAAUCUGUACAAAACAUAACCUCUCUAAACUGGAUACAUCUUAAACUGGACAUUUUACUUGGUCCCGAGGGUGUCCGGAAUAGAGGAGUUUGACUGUAUUUUAAUAAUGAAUUGUGUCUGGUAGUUACAUUCAAACAUACUAACUUACUUAAAUACAUGUACUGUUUGACUUUUUCAUUAGGUUGUUUACAGUAUGACAGAGGAGUUUCACUGUAUUUUAAUAAUGAAUUGUGUCUGGUAGUUACAUUCAAACAUACUAACUUACUUAAAUACAUGUACUGUUUGACUUUUUCAUUAGGUUGUUUACAGUAUGACAUUAAAGGUGCUAUGUCAAAGUUGCAGUAAUGGCAGUUCCUGCCAAAUAUAUUUAUAAAUGUUUGCUUUGAAACAUGUACAUGUAAGUUUAUACCUUCAACUACAUGCCUAAACAAAAUACAACUAAAUAAUUCCAUUUACUAGUAGAAUUUGGGGUUUUAUAGGGGACAAUCUUGAGAAUGUGUCACACAUUCAACAUACUAAGUUUACCCAGAAUGAUUUGUGGUCAACUGACAAAAGAAACAAAGAUGGUGACCAUGCUUUGUCUCAUCCUUAGGUAUAUGGAACAGAGCUAUCCCAUGAAAGAAAGCCAUGUAAAAAAUGUCUAUCUUACAUGGGAUAUCACACCCUUGCGUUUAACAUGAUGUCGGUGGUAAUAUAUGACAUCAGAUUAAUGUGAGGCAGUGACAUGAGAUCAUUAGACACAGUUUUAAAUUAAUAUUUUGUUAUUAAAACCUUCAUUAUAAAAGCUAUCUUGUUAGUUUGUAGUGUUAAAUUUUAUUUAACACAUGAAACAAACACAAUAAAUAUGAUAGUGUAGU